UCUUAUGGUCGAGACAUUCUUGGAUGCACCAGAUACAUGUGAGCCUAACGUAUUUUCCGCCUUUGGAUCACCCAAGCUCUCACGUGCGAUCCAUCCAGAUCAAAAGGCUCAAAUGCGUUGGGCUCAAGUAAACCCUAUCUCACCUGAGAAUUUGUCCUUUAAACCGAUAAGCGAGCAGGAAAAUUGGCCCCACCUGGGACGCCGCAAAAACAACAGCCCACUGGAAGACGCUCGAAUACUGAAAGCAACCCGCCGCCGUCAUCCCACUCGACAAAAACCAGUACACAGAAUCGCCUGCCGAGUGCGAGAUUCAUCCUCAUCCCCAUUUCCAUCCACGUCCAAACUGAGCACGCGAGCAUGUAUUAAUACGUACGGAUCACCACAUCGGACGGUCGUCCCCGAGAUUUCGAAGCUCCGAUCUGGGUUCCCGGCAAAGGCGGGGCAAGCUAUUCGAUUCGAGAAGGAAAGAGUUGUUGAAGAAGAAGAAGAAGAAGAAGAAGAAGAAGAGAGGAUGAUGAUGGUGGCCAUAAUGGCGGAGAUCAUGGAGGAGUACACGGCGGUCCUGGCGAGGGUGCUGGAGCAUCUGUUCCACGAAGCCCCGCUGCCGCGGCGCGUCCGGAUCCUCAUCCUCCGCAGCCUCCCGUUCGCGUCCCCGCCGAGGCGCCGCCCUAUCCGAGCGCCGGCUCCGGUCCCCGUCAGCGUUGGCACCGCGUGAUUAAGUUUUUCAUUUUUGUCUUUCUGGGAUUAGUCGCGUGUAUAUAUACGAGAGGAGGAGUUUUUUUU